AUGCAAGGCGUGUGCAAGGCGUGCAUGAGCCUUUUAUCUACCCCGACCUCCCGCACGUCCAAAUGGCGGCCGCUCGAACUAGACGUCGUUUGCACAAUCACCUCUGUAUCUGGCGACACGCAGGCCGCCCGACGCGAUGAGCAGAGCACUCGGGAGGGAGGCGAUGCGCGCUGCCGCUGGCUGCCAGCUGCGGGCGCCGGUACGUCGGUUUACGAUAGAAACUUUGCCAAGGUGGCGCGGGCAUCUACAGCCACGGUGUAUCAGCGGGAAAGACCUCACGAGUCUACCCUCCAAAAAGAAGCGGAAUUCAACGAGGCCGAAGCCACCAAAGAUACAGAUGCAAAGGGACGUAUCUUGACGACCCCUACGCGACUUUUGAAGCUUGUACUUCCUCUGCCCUUUGAUGCUAGGCAAGAGCACAUCAAUAAGCAACCACUCGAGAAAAUACAAGAGAACAAGCAGUCAACUCCUCCUCUUGCUCUACUGAUUCACCCACAUCAACCGUUAUCGUAUCUUGAGCGGCUGAUUCAAGCAGAGCUCCCUCCGCUCCAAUUGGAGAAGAAGGAAAAGACGCCGGAUGUUGAUUUUUGGGCCGAGGUGGACAAAGAGGCUAUUCCCGAGCAGACUGGUGCAAAGGCUAGUAACGUUGCCUCGUCGUCAGGUCUCGGACAUGAGGGUCCUGCCCACAAAAACAAGAGCUGGGUGAGAUGGAGCUCUAGCACCGAAGUCGGCGAUUUCAUUCGCGAUGCUGCGCGCGGCAAAGAAUUCGCUGUCGAUAUUGAAGGUGUUUCAGAGAAGCUGCACGUCGCUGUCCCAAGUUUCAAGGAUCGCACACAUUAUAUGCGCAUGAGGCUCCGACGAAUGUGCGAGCAGAUUGAUGCCAUGUCUCGACUCAAGAACGAGUGCGAUGAGAUUGCCCACAAGAGCGCUUAUCGCCUCGCCAAAGGUGGUUUUGGUCUGUUGGCGUCCUGGUGGGCCACCGUCUAUUACGUGACAUUCCAUACGGAGAUGGGAUGGGAUCUUGUUGAGCCAAUAACUUAUCUGGCAGGGCUUACAACCAUCAUGGCGGGUUAUCUGUGGUUCCUAUUUAUCAGUCGAGACCUGAGCUACAAGGCUGCGAUGAAUGUCACAGUGUCGAAGCGCCAGAACGCACUCUAUCUGGAGCGAGGAUUCAACAUUGGAAAAUGGGAGCAGUUGGUCCAAGAAGCCAAUGCACUACGAAGGGAACUCAGAAUCAUUGCGUCCGAAUAUGAUGUUGAAUGGGAGGAGGUCAAAGACUUGGGUGGCUGGGAGGUGAAGGAGGCAUUGGAGAACGAAGAUGAGAAGACAAAGACUGCCAAGGACAGACAGGAGGAAGACGACGAUGAAAAGAGCCGAAAGCGAGACGCGAAACAGGAGCGACCCAAGGAACAGCAUUGA